AUCGUUAUAUUUUUUUUUAUGAAGAGCAAUUAUUUAUUUUUUAUGAAAUGAGAACUUAUUCAAAAUUUUAUAAGGGUCAAGAUAAAUACGAAGUCUCUCAUGUUGAAAAUUCUACCUUGGUUAUAAAUAGAGUAGAAGGUUUUCCAGAAGUUCCAGUCAUGUCGCAGCCACCAAAUGAUGUAUACACUGCAAACACAGAUGUUAAAGCGAAGGAUUUUGGUGUGCAAAGUUUUAAUUUUUUUUCAGGAUAUCAACCAUCAACAGCUGCCCGUAAAGAGACAAAAACUGUAACUUUUGAGCGAAAAUUGGAUCAACAACCUGCAUCAAUAAGUUUCAAUUUUGGGACUUCAGUAAAUGACACGAAAUCUGUUGGUAUCUUCAAAAAAAUGACAAACACGGUAGCUGAGGUCGAUAAACCUGAACCCAUGGAUUGGGAACUGUCGUACAGUCCUAUUUUUCUACCAAAGACUGUCGCACAACUUGACGAUGCUGCAAAGUUAAAAAUGGAUGGAGUAGAACCCAUGGAUUGGGAGUAAAUCCUUUCCGCUUUUAUUUUUUAUUUUUAUGAAAGAAUGAUGUGCUUUCUACCAAAUUGUUUAACGUAUAUUUGGUUGAAUAGCCAUUUAUAUACAAUAUUUUAUCAAAUUGAAUAGGAUAUAUUGUAUUUGGACGAACAUUUGGAUAUAUGCAACAUUGUAAAUUUACAAAAAAUUUGUUGUACAAA